AUGAAUCUUGGUCCUUCCGCUGAAUCUAUUUCUGCCGAAAUUCUGGAUUCGAAGUCUCGUCCGUUGCGCAUACUCGACGAAGUCAUACCAGAAGACGGCGAAGAUCUGGAGACGUAUUACAUCGUUCAACACGAAAGGAGGAGUGAGGAGAAGAUUGUCGGAUCACCUUAUGUUCUUAACAAACUGCGCUUCGAACACUACCGGGUUUCACAGACGGAGAUGAUCAGAUCUUCCAUUGGAUGGGAUCUCCUAGUGGAACACGGCCUGCAACUGAGCCCUCCAAAUCCAAGCUCUUGCUUGAAGACCUCGCUUUCAGACAGUCCCGGAUCCGCUCAGCUUCAUAUCCUAGAUAGUGUCAUCAUGAGGCUAACUUGA